AUGGCAAAGGACGAUGCCCAACUCGACGUGCUGCGCAGCACCGAAGCGACGCCCAUCGCCAAGCUCAGCCCUGCCAUACUCGACGCAGAAGCUCUCGUGAUCGAAGGCGUCAUCACCGUGACAUGGCCGUACAGUGCUGUGACCAAGUCAAUCGCCUUCAUCCUCGCCGAACGCGAUCCCCUGCAUCGACGCGACAAGGGCCAGCUCCGAGUCGAAUUCCAAGGUGCCGCGGCCAAAGCUCUUGCAGACGCACAUUUGGGAGGAGGCGAUGAGGUGCGGCUAAGCUUGGACGGGGUGCGGUGGGAGGAGAACCAGGCGUGGAUGAGGCGGCCGGGCACACUGGAGUGGCAGAUGAAGUUUACAAAUCGCCUGCUGCUAAUGAUCCGCAGGGCCGAGAGCCACGAUGUGGACACAAUCAGCGUCGAUGUGGGCGGUAAUGAAGGAGAUGAGGAGUCGAUAGAGCAGCCCCAGACGAUGAGUCCUUCGCCUUCGAUCGAAAUCGAGCAGACUCAUUUCGCGAACCCCGUGCCACGAACGCCGCUUUCCGUCGUCCCAUCAAAGAGAUAUGCCUAUGAGACGCUAGGGCCUGGGGAAUAUACCUCUCCGGCAUUCAUCAAGAGAGCAAGAGUGUCGUAUGGCUCGCUUUUUGAAGGUGGUUUUGAUAUCUUUGACGAAGAAGAGCCUCCAAGAAGCGCCAAGAAGAAGAAGAAAAGAAGGUCUCUAUUCAACAUGAAUCCGACUUCCUGGAGAUAUGCCAGCCGGUCACCGUCACCCGAGGUGGAAGAGCAGCCUACCGAAAAUGAAGAACAGGAUGAAACCACGCUCGCGAAUACGGAAACUGUUAUGGCAGAAGAUGGUGAAGGAGCCAAAGAAACCGAAAAGAGCGAUCAGUUACCGGUUGCCCAACCACAGCCAGUAAUGGUAGAUCACGGAUGCCAAACUAGAGAGAUGAGCUCCAGCCCAGUCAGCGGUGUCCAAAUCAUUGCCGAAUCCAAAUCAACGGGAAUAUUACUACAACCUACGCCAACCAAUCCAUGGAAACAUCAAGACAUGGGCCACGUGCUCCAACAACCAUCACCGCUCUCAUUUGAAUACGCAACAGCUCACAAUGUACUUGCUCAAGUACACGAGUCAGAACCUAUCCGACAACCGGAAAUUCAUGCGCCGCAUAGUGCAUUUGAUCUGUCCAUGAGUAUAGACCCAAGUCUACAGUCGCAAGAAGCAGAUGUUCAUAACCACCAGCAUUCGUACGAUAUGAUGGCGGCUGAGAUGCAACCGCCUCCACUGCAAGAACACGAAGCUCACAGCCCCCAGACACACGAUGGGCUAGCUUGGGUAGCCGAUACAUUGGCGGCAGCGUACCCUACGAUGCCCACUCAUGAUGUGCAUAAUUUCCCUCAGGGAAGCUUUGCUCGGUCAUCUCACACAUUAAGAGCUAGCCCUUCUGAUGAAACGCAUACGUUGGCAUCUGCAGGAUUUCCCAGCGUGGGAAUGCAGGGAUAUGCUCAAGUAAAUGAGGCACACACCAUGCUGUCGUCGUCCUUUACGCAAAGCGGUGUUCCAAAGCCUAAUCACAGCUAUCUUGAACGCCGUGAAGAUGAUACCGAGACUGCUACAGUGACCGCUACGUUUGGCAGAGAAGGAAGGUCAAGCCCCCCGCAAGAGAAUUCCAGCACAGAUGAAUCACAAGAGGAAGAGGAAGAUAAUCAGCGCGGUUACUACGGCUGGAAUAGGCAAAACAGGAACCCUGAGGAAUCAUAUGAUGACGAACAGUAUGUUGAACAGAGGUCUGGCGAAGACGAAAUUAUCGAGGAGGACGAUAUCACAGAAUCCGAACUUGAGGAGUCAGGAUCUGACGCGGACUACGAAUCGGGAUCUGAAUAUGAAUAUGAAUCAGAGUCUCGAAUUCAUAAUGAAGCCGCACAGCCAGCACUUCAUAUUCCAAGGCCAUUUAUUCCAAUCCCGAGACCGGCCCCGGCUGCUCCUAAAGAGCCAGUCGUUAUCAGCCUUUUGUCUGAUUCUGAAGAUGACGAUAGUAACAAGCCCACUACUGCUGUACAGGCCAAAAGGGAGCAGAGCGAAGAGCCUACGCAGCCCGAGAAAUAUGAGGCUAAUGAGCAGCCAAGUGAACGAGAAGACGAAGAUAUGGAUGAGGAUGAAGAUGAAGAUGAAGACCAAGAUGGAUAUGAGGAUGAGGAUGAAGUUGAAGUUGAGGAUGAAGAUGAAGAGAGAGAUACGGAUGAUUAUGUGGAGGAGGGCGUGGACGCGGAUGAAAGCGCGGAUGAAAAUAUGGAUGAAAUCGACGACGUGUCCGAUAUUGGAGAGGCCACCAAGAUCAAACCAGUAGUCAGCCAGUCAUCCAAGAGAUCCAGCAUGGUGAGCCAGCUGGAUGGCAAUAACGAACUCGCUCUGCUUCAACAUGACGAACUGGACAGGAGUGAAACCAGCCAGUUUGAAAUGGACCAUCCAAACUUAAUACUGUCACCUAAAUCCGACAAGCGCCAAUAUGUCAAUAUAGCGGAAACUAUAGUCGAAGCCCAGAAUACGGCGCCUAUCGUCAGCUCCCCGCUCGCAGACAAGACCUCACCACAGCCUGAAUCCGUUAACGCCAAUGCCAACAACAAAGAAGAGAUUGCUGCUGAUAAGGAGAUGCACGGUAUCUCUAAAUCACAAUCACCAGAACCUAUUACUAUCGAAACACCGGCUGUUCUAGGAGAGACUGAGGAGGCGCCGAUAGCUCAGCAGCAACAAGAGGGAGAGCAGGAGCAGGAGCACGAACAAGAGGUUGAACAAGAACAUGAACGGCCAGAAGCUGCCUCAUCUAAAUUCAUAGAUUCUGCAGAACCAGCUGCUAAGCCAUCUGUGCACAAUUCAGAUAUACCAGCCGACAUGGCCGAAGAGCAAGAGAUUUCGAUCCUGCGGUCCACUACCAACGAUGACCAGCUUAUGGAGGAUGCUGAGCCUGCUGCUGGCUUGGAGAUCCAGCCAAUCAGCCUAGAAUCGAAAACAGAGGACGAUGCUGUUGCUGGACCGGACAUGGAGAUGCAAGAUGAUGUGCUAAAUUUACUGGGAGAAGAAGCUGAGAUUGUCGAAAAUGGUUCGGAGAAGGAGAUCGGCCAGGUCGACCAAGGCACUGGAGAAAUUUCACCAAUUACCACAGGAGAGCUUGAAGUCAUUGCAUCAUCACCACCCCCGGCUACUCGGACUGCACUGUCUUCGCUGACAUCUGCGGCUGUACCAGCUCUAGAUGAGCAAGCGGCCACAAAACAGUUAUCAAUUCCACUGGAAGCUCAACAAGACGACCACGAGGUUUACCAUGAUGUAGCCGAUACUGUCGUAACAGAAGAGGUGCCACUGGAUGUAGAUGAAUCAGCUCAGGCGGUGGACGAAGACGCGGAGGAACCUGUUUACCACGAUGUGGAAGAAGGCUUGGAAGAAGACACGGAGGAAGGCGUGGAGGAAGACACGGAGGAAGGCGUGGAGGAAGACACGGAGGAAGACGUGGAGGAAGACACGUCAGAAUAUGUGGAGGAAGAUGUGGGAGAAGACGAGUAUGAGGAUGCAAGAGAGGAUGGAGGCGACGGCGACGAUGACGAUGACGACACUGCUAUCGAGCAGCAACUCAUGGCCGAAUCCCAGCUUUAUUCCACUCCGCAGAAGGCACAUGAUUCAACAGCUCUCUCGCAGCCCCUUGAGGCAGUUGAAGAAAUCCAUGAAUGCAAUCAUGCUCAUCACCACCAUGCUCAUCAUACAGAACAGAGCACACAUGAACGUGGCUCUCGCAGGGCAGAGCCUGAGAUGCUAAUAACGGUGCAAUCUCUUCGAAGCCACUGCCGUGCCAAAAGAGUCUCCAGUGGUAGUUCCGAUAGCUUCCUAACUGAUCCACACGCUUCGUUUGCCAGGGGCUCUCCCAAUAAGGCGAGCCAAUGUCUAAUUGGAGAUGAAGAAUCGCUCCCGCAGCGAUCACCGCGCUCGUCGCGGUCAUCACCACGGAGUAAGGCCGAGCAUUCAGAGGGUAAUGCGGCACUUGCCAAGUCAUCCUUCCAGGAGUCUAAAUCGCCAAAGGAAGCCGGUGCGCCGACAUCGCUGCGCGCAAGACGCGGCGUUAAGGGCCCGGCUGAUGCCAGCAUCCUACUAGCACAAGCUCUUUCAGAGCCACCAGAGCGCAGUCCUCAACAGCUAAACAGCCCAACAGAAUCGCUGCGUGCUAGUCGUCACAAGUCUGAUCAGCCGGAUCCGAGCUCGCAGUUGACAGCCGAUUCCAGCAAGAGUUCUCAACAGCAUCUUGAAGGAGAGACUCCGCAAGACGCAGCUCAUGACGCGUCAGCAACUCCUCGUCGGGAUGUUACCCCAGAGUCAACGGCCACAGGACACAAUCUGAGAUCGCCCCGCAAACCGACCGCUGGCAGGCCAUCUUCUGCUGCUAGCUCCGUGGCUGAGGAUGUGAGCAUCACGUCUCUGAAGCUCCAACUGACUAAGAGCCUAAGAACAACCCUGCCGGACUAUUUACCACUCAAAUUCCUGCGUGCCUCGUUAAAUAAAACGGCCGAUAUAUUAGCCGUUGUCACUGCCACUCCGCGCGAACCACACCGACCGAAGUCUGGGCCCCGAGACUACAUGCUCGAGUUUAACCUGACCGACCCUUCAGCAGCACCAACGACAGUCGUCAUUGCGCACAUCUUCCGGCCACAUAAGUUUACUCUACCUGCUGUCCAGGCCGGUGACAUCGUGCUGCUGCGUCGCGUCCAGGUGGUGUCAGUGCAAGGCAGGGGAUUCGGCGUCCGGGCCGGAGAUGCCUCGGCAUGGGCAGUCUACGAAAAAGACAACACGGAGAUGCUACCGCAGAUCAAGGGUCCGCCAGUAGAAAUCACAAAUGAAGAGGUUGAGUAUGUACAGGGGCUGAAGAGGUGGUGGAGUCUUCAGGAUGACAAGUCGUUGGCGAAAAUCGAUAAGGCGAAUCAGCGAAUGUCACAACCAAGCAAGGACGAUACGAAAUGA